CACAUGUGUGAAAUUAAUCGAACCGGCCUGUUUCGCUUUCAAUUCGUUUUAAGACAGCCACAAGAAAGGCAUUCUAGCCAUAUUAAUCCCAACUUGACCGUUCAUUAAAUACAAUCCUAAUUGCUCUCGGACAAGUGUCAAAAAUUACGCAAAAUUCCUACACUCACAGACACACACACACAUACUGACAUCCCCCGUCCGCUUGGCCUCUUCGAGACGUCUGCACGAAAUAGAAAGUAAUUAAAAACACAAAAAAAACGCAAAAUGACUUCCGAUAUAACGCUGCAAUUGAUUGCUAUUCUGGAGAAGACAGUGUCGCCAGACAAAAAUGAACUAUUGUCGGCCAAAAACUUUUUGGAGCAGGCAGCGGCCAGCAAUCUGCCCGAGUUCCUUAAGGCAUUGUCGGAAAUUCUGGUAAAUACGACAAAUAGCGCGGUGGCACGCAUGGCCGCUGGCCUGCAGCUAAAGAAUCACUUAACCAGCAAGGAUGAGAAUGUACGGCAACAGCAUCAGGAGCGUUGGCAUCAGUUCCCCAACGAGAUACGCGAUCUGAUCAAGAAUAAUAUUCUCAAUGCUUUGGGUACGGAGAACACACGUCCUUCUUGUGCCGCGCAGUGCGUGGCCUAUGUGGCGGUGAUAGAGCUACCCAUCAAUCGCUGGGGCAUGGUCAUCCAGACCCUGGUGAAUAAGGUGGUCAGCGAGGGAUCCAGCGAAAUGCAUCGCGAGUCUGCACUGGAGGCCAUUGGCUACAUUUGCCAGGACAUCCGCUAUGGCGUGAUGGAGAAUCAGUCAAACCAGGUGCUCACGGCCAUCAUUCAUGGCAUGCGCAAAGUGGAGCCCAGCAACCAUGUUCGUCUGGCUGCCACCACGGCUCUGCACAAUUCGCUGGAGUUCACCAAGGCCAAUUUCGAGAAGGAUAUGGAGCGCAACUUCAUCAUGGAGGUGGUCUGCGAGGCCACCCAGUCCACGGACACACAGAUCUGUGUGGCCGCCCUUCAGUGUUUGGUGAAGAUUAUGACUCUCUACUAUCAGUUCAUGGAGCCGUACAUGGCCCAGGCUCUCUUCCCCAUCACGCUGGAGGCCAUGAAGGCGGAGAAUGAUGCCGUUGCCCUUCAGGGCAUUGAGUUCUGGUCGAACGUCUGCGAUGAGGAGAUUGAUCUGGCCAUCGAGAGCCAGGAGGCCACCGAUCAGGGACGUGCCCCAGCGCGUGUCUCCAAGCACUAUGCUCGCGGUGCCCUGCAAUUCCUCACGCCCGUGCUGGUCGAUAAGCUAACCAAGCAGGAUGAGUGCGAUGAUGAGGAUACCUGGAGUCCGGCCAAGGCCUCAUCGGUGUGUCUGAUGGUGCUGGCCACCUGUUGCGAAGAUGAGAUAGUGCCCCAUGUCUUGCCGUUCAUCAAGGAGAACAUUGAGUCGCACAACUGGCGCUUCCGCGAUGCUGCCGUUAUGACCUUUGGCUCGGUGCUCAAUGGAUUGGAGAUCAACACGCUGAAGCCGCUGGUAGAGCAGGCCAUGCCCACGUUGAUACGUCUGAUGUACGAUUCGAGUGUCAUUGUGCGCGACACUACGGCCUGGACCUUUGGACGCAUUUGCGAUAUCAUUCCAGAGUCGGCCAUCGACAAAACCUAUCUGCAGCCGCUGCUCGAGUGCUUCGUGAAGAGCUUGAAGUCGGAGCCACGUGUGGCCGCCAAUGUGUGCUGGGCAUUCAUUGGUCUCUCCGAUGCCGCUUAUGAUGCGGCCUCCACUGGGGAGCGUGAAACACCCGAGACGUACGCACUGUCGCCGUACUUUGAGUUCAUUAUCACUCAACUGCUGGAGACCACCGAUCGUUCAGAUGGAGCUCAGGCCAAUUUGCGUGGCGCUGCCUAUGAGGCACUCAUGGAUAUGAUCAAGAAUUCGCCACUCGAUUGCUAUCUGGUGGUGCAGCGCACAACCAUUGUGAUCCUGGAGCGUCUGAAUCAAGUCAUGCAGAUGGAGUCGCACAUCAGCAAUCACAGCGAUCGCCAUCAGUUCAACGAUCUGCAGUCGCUGCUCUGUGCCACGCUGCAGAGUGUGUUGCGCAAGGUGCACGAACAGGAUGCCCCACAGAUUUCCGAUGCCAUUAUGAGUGCUCUGCUUACAAUGUUCAAUUCGAGUGCUGGCAAAUCUGGUGGUGUGCAGGAGGAUGCCUUCCUGGCCGUGUCCACACUGGUGGAGCUCUUGGGCGUACAGUUUGCCAAGUACAUGCCGGCCUUUAAGAAUGUGCUGAUCAUGGGCCUCAAGCACCAUCAGGAGUAUCAGGUAUGCUGUGCCACUGUCGGCCUCACCGGCGACAUUUGCCGCGCCCUCAAGGAGCAAAUGGUGCCCUACUGCGAUGAGAUUAUGUCCGUGAUGAUGACCAAUUUGGCGGAGCCCACUCUGCAUCGCACUGUCAAGCCGCAGAUACUUUCGGCCUUUGGCGAUAUGGCUCUCAGUAUUGGUAGUCAUUUCUUGAAGUAUCUGAGCGUGGUGCUCGACAUGCUGCGUGCCGCUUCCAAUUUGCAGACGGAUGCCAGCAACUUUGACAUGAACGAGUACAUUGCGGAGCUGCGUGAGAGUGUCCUCGAGGCGUACACUGGCAUUAUCCAAGGGCUCAAGGGUCUCGAUCAAACAGCCCAUCCCGAUGUGAUGCACAUGGAACCGCAUCUCAUGCACAUCAUUGGCUUCAUCAAGCGCAUUGCCCAGGAUGGCGAAGUAUCCGAUUCGAUGAUGGCCAGUGCUGCCGGUUUCAUUGGCGAUCUGUGCACUUCGUUUGGGCCACGUCUACACACACUGUUGGACGAUGUGGUCAUCACACAAUUCCUGUCCGAGGGCAAACGUUCCAAGGGUCAGCGCACGAAAAUGUUAUGCUCGUGGGCCCUCAAGGAGAUCAAGAAGAUCAAUAGCCAGAGCAUCACACAGUGAAUAUCUAACUAGAGGUUAAUGUUUCCUCCAUACACCUAUGAGAAUGAAUGUUAUGCAGCCGCCGAACUG